AAGGCUACGGUGGCGCUAUCUGUUCAUUCCAUAGCGGUCGAAUUAGUUAUUUUAGUGAUCCAUUGGAGUAAUCACUUCUGAUCGCCCCUCUGUGCCUGGCGCCUUGAGCGGGGGUUUACCCGGUCUACCGCACGCUAGGGCUCUUAUCAUACCUCCUCCUCUGUUCAUCAAUCUAUAGACGGUCCCCUACCUUUAAGCCAUGCGAGAAGUUUUAACGAACGUAAUGCUGUGGAAUGAUUAUUGCGGACAUAACAUACAGAGUGGUGGAAACCAAAAAUAAAUCGAGCAUUAUUUUUGCACUAGUUGCUCUGAUAACCCGGUGAUGUUGAUAAUUGCGUGGAAUUCCCAUAGACUGACAGUAUUGACGACACACGGGACAAUUUUGUACACGUUUGAGUCUCUUUUUCAGUGCUCUGGUUGAUUUCGAUAUGUUUGGUAAUCUGAAGUGCGUAUGAAAAUAGUGACGAUCUGUGCAGUUACGAUGAACACGUUAUUCGUUCUAAUGUGUUGUGUUAUUGCCAUAGCAAAUUGUCAGGAUAGCAGUGUGAUCAUCAUUGGGCCGAAAUACAUCCAGCCAAGGCAACCCUAUACUGUGGCCGUGAUCAAUCCGUUCAGGACAGAAGUGAUGAUAAAUCUAACUUUAGCUUGUGAUGGUACUGCAUCUCGGCGGACCAAAACUCUCAAAAGAGAGAGUUGUGAUCGUUACUCUCUAAGUGUUCCAGAUGGAAUUAACAUUGAAAGUGAAUGUGCCUUUUUGGCCGCCAACAUUGGCGGAAACAUAAUGGUGAAACAUGAUGUCGAAGUCCGUGUUGCAACGAAGACGCUAUCAAUAUUUAUCACAACCGACAAACCCAUCUACAAGCCCGGCGAUAUAGUAAGAUUCCGGGUGAUUGUGCUCGAUAUGGCAACAAAGCCGGUUAAUCAUAUCAACAGUAUCCAGAUAGAUUUGGAAGACAGCGAAAAGAAAUCCCGGAGGCAGUGGACACGAGCUGUGCUUAACAAAGGAAUUUUUGCAACCGAAUACAGAUUGUCGUCUACACUGGCACUGGGCACGUGGAACAUAACGGCUAUCGUGAUCGAUGGCACUAUCCCCAACGUGCAAUUCCAGCAGUUUGAGGUCCGAGAAUACGUGAUGCCUAAGUUUUUCAUCAACGUAACACUCUUGAGUAUCCCGCUAAUAUCUGACAAAGAGAUCAGCCUGAUGGUCGAAGCAAACUACACAUUCGGAAGUCCAGUUCGGGGAAACAUUCUUGUAGAACUGAUCACCGAUGACGCUUUAAAUGUAGUUGCUGACAUUGAUGAAAAGAGUUUUGAUAGCAAUUCUACUUUCCGGUUAAAGCUGAAGAAAGGACUCACUAUUCUUGAUGACAAAGAUUAUACCAUAGUGAAGGCCAAGGUAUUCCUGAAAGAAAAGUUUUCCGAUUUCACGAUGAACGUAACCAAGGAAAUUCCUGUGUUCAUGUACCCGUAUAAAAUUACACUUAUUAAACCAGCAAAAUACUACCGUCCAGGGGUUCCAUAUCACUGCAAAUUAUCUGUCAAAGAUCACUAUGGAGUUCCAGUAAAAGACAAGUUUAUAACAAUCAAGACCGAUACAGGUAUAAAACAGUCAGCGAAACUUGACAGCCAAGGAAUUGCAUCCUUUGACCUUGCCAUGCCAGAUACAACUGGGUUUGUAGAUAUAGCGGUUGACUUUGAAAACAGAGAAUACAGCGAUAUUGAUACGAUACAAGGCUUGAAAGAUGCACCAACCCAGUACCUACAGAUAUCUUUGCACAAAAGAAAUUUAAGGGACUCGACAGUGACCAUCAUCGUUAAGUCAAAUGAUAAGUUUUCUCAUUUGUAUUACUUUGUUACAAGCCGAGGAAACAUUUUGUUGGCCAAACAUGAGCACUGUUUAAACAAAGUGAAAUAUACGAUUUAUUUUAAACUCUCCGUAGAAAUGACGAUACAGUCUAAAUUUCUUGUCUACACACUCAAUUCCGGCCAGUUGAUUAUGGAUCAUAUCGAACUGGACUUUUUUGCCAAUGAAUUCGAGUUUUCACUUCAAAAACACACAUUUCAACCAGAUCAAAAAGUUAAAAUAAAUGUCAAAGCAGCAGAAGAUUCGUAUGUCGCUUUUCAGGCUAUCGAUCAAGGAGCUCUUCUACUUGGACACGAAGUGUUCGGAAUAACAAUGGCGGAUGUACUUGAAGAUCUCGAUGCAUACACUCCUAAACAAGAUAGUCUCGACCUUGACCCCAUUGAUCCUUUUGGUCUAUUUUUGAAAAGUGCUUUAACUCAUCCAGAUAAGUCAGCCCGCAAUAAACGCUCCAUUCAUCGUACAAAACGCCAUGUUAAAUCCAUACUCCACAGAACUGAUUUCCCAGAAUCGUGGUUUUGGAUGAACUACACAAUGGAAAACAAAAAACAGCUGACCAUAUCUAAAGUAAUUCCCCAUACCAUCACUUCUUGGUAUGUGACUGGGUUUGCCCUGAGCCCUACUCGAGGCUUGGGACUGAUAAAUGAGCCGGCGAAGCUCACUGCCUCCAAGCCAUUCUACAUGAUUGCCAACCUUCCGUACUCGAUCAAACGAAAUGAAGUCGCCCAGAUACAGGUAACCUUGUUCAACUUUAAGUCCAAUUCGAUGACGGUGGACGUCACUUUGUUCAACAAGGCAGAUGAGAUUGAGUUCGUGGAUCGGAAAUCGAACGACACAAGUCGUCGCAGAAACGCAGUUGUGGUAUCGUCCUAUGAACCAGCAUCGAUUUCGUUUCUUAUCAAAGCCAAAAAGAUAGGAGUAAUUGCAAUCAAGAUCGAAGCCGCCAGUCAAUUAAUAACUGAUGGGCUAGAGCACAUGCUUCAUGUAACCCCUGAAAGCCGGUUGUUCAAAAAGUCAGAAGCAGAAUUCGUCAACCUUCAUUCACAUGACAAACAGGAGUUUGACAUACAUCUGACUAUUCCGGAAGAUGUGGAUAACGGCUCGGUCAAGAUUCUUGUAAUUGUUGAUCCUCCAUCCUUAGGAACCGUUGCUCAGAAUUUGAACAAUUUGUUCGCAAUCCCCACUGGUGCUGGCAGUUUAAAUCUUUUGACCUUCAUUCCCAACGUAGUUGUAUUAGAUUACAUCAAGGAGACAAACAAAAAUAGAUCAGUUACUGAGGAAAACGCAAUAAGCUAUCUAUCCAGUGGAUAUAAAAACCAACUGAAGUACAGACAUUCUAACGGAGCAUUUGGCCAAUGGGAUCCACCAGAGAAGGACCCAAGUGUAUUUCUGACGGCACUAGUUGCCAAUGCUUUUAGCACUGCAACCAAACAUAUUGAAAUCGACCAAACCGUAAUCACAGAUGCUUUUUCGUGGAUAAAAGGAAAACAGAAAUCGAACGGAUGCUUCGAAGAAGACGGCGAAAAGAUUUACGAACCCAUGCAGGAUAGUUCAUCCUCUUUUGCCCUCACGGCGUUCAUAGUUGCUGCUAUUAAGGAAAAUAAUGCUACCGCUACACAAUUUAGUGAACUCGUGGAGAAAGCAACGAACUGUUUGGCCGAUAACUUUUAUUCGCUAACAAACACACAUGACAUAGCAUUGGCUACCUAUGCUCUGUCAUUGACGGGGCAUGCCAAUCGGCAGGCAUAUUUAAAUAUGCUUAUAAAAGAUUCCCACUAUGAGAAUAACGAACGCUACUGGCACGAAGAUUUGAAACUGGAAAUUGCAGGAUACGCUCUUUUAUCCUACCUAGCACAGAAUAUGUACUAUGAUGCUAUUCCCAUUAUGAAGUGGUUGAACAAACAGCGAUACUCUACUGGAGCAUUUGCCGGCGUUCACAGCACUUUUGUUGCAUUGAAAGCACUUGGAAAAAUGGCUAGAUAUCUUAAUAAACAGCAUCAUGAUUAUACGGUUCAUGUAAGAUAUGAUGACCAUCAUCAAUCAUUUGGAGUCGUACAUUCAGACAAUUUGGAACCGAUCCACCAUGACAUUCCUGGUGACACCCGCUUGAUUAAUUUUGAAGUAGUAGGUACUGGCUUUGGUUUGCUCCAAGUGACGUACGAAUACUUUUUGAAUAUCCAAGCGCCUCUUGAAAGGCCUUCAUUCAAUCUCGAUGUAAACGUUCUCGAUACCAGCACUUUAGAAAUUCAAUAUCUGUACGUGUGCUUAAGCUAUAUACCUGGGGAAGUUUAUACAACUUCUGGACUUACCUUGGUGGAAGUGUACCUUCCGAGCGGACUCGUGGUCCACGAGAACGCAGUUAAAGAUCGAAGUCGUCGUAUAAAAAGAACCGAACGAGCCUUCCACAACACCGCCAUGUUUGUGUAUUACAAUGAAGUGAGCAAGAAUCAAGAGUGCUUCGAAAUAACGGCAUACCGGAAAUAUCAGAUCGCAUUACACCGACCGGCCUACGUAGUAGUAUAUGAUACCAAUAAUAUGGAUAAGUACGCUGUAAAAUCGUACGAAGGCAAGGUGCUACAGCCGUGCCAAAUAUGCGACAGGGACGAUUGCAGAUCGAUGAAUUGUUAGCAUACAUGAACCGCAAAGCAAUUGCUGAAUUCAUCAAAACGAAGACCAGUUGUUUUUCACUCAGACGCUUGCGUUAUUUUAAUUAUCUACAUGAAAAUUUCUGGUCAGACAAGUUGACAGUUUAAUUUAUUGAAUGAAUUGAACAAAACUAUAACGACGUUUAGUCUCAUAGUUAAGACAUUAAUUGAUUAAAUUCAGAAGCUUUCAAUAGUUUCAUUGAUAAAAAUCGAUUAAAAUAAUAACGCGCACUGAAACGAAAAAUACGAGCUACAGCAAAUAAAUGAUAAAACAAAAAAAAGUCUUUAAUAACAGAGAGAUGCGAAUGCCUAGAUUUUGUAAGAUACAACGAUCACCCUUACACCGAGUUCGUGGGGCAAUACCAGGCUGGAUUUAUGGGUGAACGCGCUACAAAGGAUCAGAUGUUCGCCAUCCGCGAAUGUAACAUGUCAACACAUCAUUUACUCAUCGAUUUUCAAUCGGCGUAUGAUACAAUCGAUGGCAGAUUAUGCACGAAUGUGGAUUCCCGGAUAAACUAAUACGAUUAAUCUAGGCGACGAUGGAUCGAAUGAUGUGCGUAGUUCGAGUAUCAGGGACACUCUCGAGUCCUUUCGAAUUUCGCAGAGGGUUACGGCAAGGUGAUGGUCUUUCGUGCUUGCUGUUUAACAUUGCCUUAGUGCAGUGGUGCUCAGUGCUUUCCGCUUUGGUUAGAAAU